AUGUCUGAAACAUAUAGAUUAAAAGAAUCAAAUGGCAUGUGCGAAUGGAAAAAGUUAUAUGAUGAUGUGCUAAAGUUUUUUAAAGUAGAGCCUAAGCCAGAAUCGUUGCGGACGUCUGUACAAAUUUUAGAAAGCGAUCUGGUUGUUGACCUUAAAAAACUUGCGACACUUGAUAAAUAUUUUAAGGAUGAUACCAUUGAAACAAAAGCUCGAAUUAUUCGUAUUUACGGCGACGUAGUUCAGCUUUCGGAUGACUUAGAAAUUCCGUCUUUGGAAAAUGGUAGCGUCAUAUUGAUAGCUGCAAGGAGAAUUGAAAUCAAGCCAGGAUGCAAAAUUAAAAUUGACUGCAAAGGAGAUAAGACCUUUCGAUUGGUGGCAUACGCUAUGGAAAUGCCAUCGAAGUUUGAUAUCGUUACAAGCGACGAUCGUCAAUUCGAAUUUCAAAUUUACAACCAAUACAAAGGUCGAUUGCUUUCCCUACCUAGCGGCGAGUUCAGAGAUAUCCCUACAUUUGAUAGCAUAAUUCUUGAAAAAAAACCUUUCGUCAAAGUACUGAGAUAUUCGCUGCAAAUUGCCAGUGCUUUAUUUUAUGACGACCGUAAUGUUACAAAAUCAAUUCUCACUUGGAUAGUUGAAAUAACCAAAUCGGAAAUUGGAGAGACGAAAGAGACAGAUAAUGAGUCAGGGUCGCAUGAGAAAGUAAGAGAGUUGUAUAAACAGGUAUAUCCAUUACUUAUGCAACUAAAUAUUCUAGAGGAAAGAAAAAAAAACGAAAUGCUGUUCGUCCCAUUACUUGACAUGAAAUUCUACAAAAAUCAUUUUGAAGUUUUCAUGAAUGUCGCAAAAUCAUACGGAGAUAAUUAUGACAAAAUUAUGAACAAAAAAGAUGAAAUUUUAGGAAAACGAGAAGAGUUGACUAGAUUGCUUGAAAAUUGUCGUGCAAUGACCGAUAUGCACAAGUAUUUAAAAGAAAAUGCAGUUCGCCGUCAUAAAAAUGCAGAUGGUGUAAUGAAAACAAUGAAAAAAAAUUUAGUGGAUCAAAAAAAUGCAGUAUUAAAGGCAUCAGAAGAAUUCCGUGCAGGAAUUGAAGAGUGGAAAGAAAAUAAGGAACUCGAAGUACGCAAACAAAUGUUAUUUGCCAUCUUUGACUUGACUUUAAGUGUUGGCAAAAUUGUCACUCAACCUGGUGGCAUCGUUGCCUUUGUCGAAAAUAUUCAAAAGACAUACAUAUCAAUAAAAGAAGUUUUGGAUGUUGCUGAUAAUUUUGAAAAGGUAGUUAAUGUUAUAGGCGAUGUAUCCGAAAAUGAAGCACUUAAACAGGCCGGUGAUAUAGACAGCAAAGUCCAGAAAAUAGUUAAAAUCCAAGGCGAAUUAAAAAAAAAUUAUGAAGAUUACAAAUCUCUGAAUGAUAAGGAUGAAAAGAGACGCGAAAAUAUUGAAUCUUUAGACGUUGAUGAGCUUGCAGAGCGACUCAAUAAUAUGGAUCAAAGGGGAAUUUUGACAAAAGUCGAAUGGAGAUUGAUAAAGAAAAGCAUGAAUGAGCUGCUUAAAUACCCUAUCGAACAAAAAAUUAAAGGAUCAAAUGAAUAUUUAGAUAAAUUAGACGAUCUUUUUAUUUUCAUCGAAGCAUUUAUUAAAGCUAAUAUCGAAGAACGCGAAAGUCGUAACGAGAUAUCCAAAAUCAACCAUCAAGUGCAAAUAUCUGAAAUUAAUAAAAAGGGACUUCAGAACGCGAUCAAUACAUGUGAAUCAAAAAAAGAUGAUUACGAAGAGAUUGAGCUAUUUUUAUUUGAAGAGCUUAUCAAUAUCAAGUGCUGGAUGAUGACAUAUUUGGAAAAGUAUCGUUGUGCAUAUCACUAUUGGUCGCUUUGUGAGUCCGAAAUUACACUUUCAGUUAUGAAAACUAUUCCCGAACACAUGAGGGAUCAAGCAGAUAUUUUUGGAGACCUAGAAAAUGUCUACUACAAAUAUCGAAAUCCUGUACAAUCUUCAAAGCAUCCAUUUAUCCUUCCUAAAAACCUUGUCGAGAAAUUUAAAGUUGAUAAAUCUAUUACAUACGAGAUUCCAUUAGAUCACAACGAAUUUCAGAAAAGUGAACGUGUUAGACUUCACAAAUUCAAGGUAUUCUUGAGAGGGAUUGGAAGUGAAAAUGAGAAUGAUACGAUUAGUUUAUGGAUCAGCAACACAGGCCUGUUUUAUGACAAGGAUUGUGAUGGCAACAAAUAUGUAUUUGAAGCAGAACAUACAGGAAGACUGAAGUUUAGAUAUAAAAUAAAUGAUGAAAGCCCCUUGGUAGAGGCAGUAUUCGAUAAAUCAGUUUAUUUUACUCCGACACCAUUCAGUCAUUGGACAAUUACACUCGACGAUGAUAAUAAUCGUGAUUUGUCUGAAUUAAAGUCGAUCGUAAUUGAACUAGAAGUCGAGUGCCAUUUCGUUUAA